CUCUCCCUCGUUCUCUCUCUCAUUGUAGGUGUGGGACUCUUGGCACUGGUUGUGCUGAAUCAUGUGGAUAUCAAACAAUGACUGGCUGGACAAAACUGACAACUAAUGAAAUAACUCUGUGGGAGUGUGACACCCCGGGGUGGGCGGGGGGGUGCACGAUGACCCCCUCAUUUUAGUUUGUUGGGCCUAUGGCUGGUUGAUCUGCUGUCAUGUUUGGACGGCGUAGGCCCUGUUGGCAAAGUUUCCACCCCUGGGCGUCCCGUAUAAAUUGGGCUCGUCGUGCCAUCACAACCACACUGGCACAGACAGGUACUGGUAAGGAUUCAUGGCUGCUGUGGCAAUUUAUUCUAUUUUUUAGCUGUUUUUGUUUAGAACUUGUGGUGUUAUUCUAUUAUGUUAUUAUAUUUGUUGUUUUGUUGCUCUGAUUAUGUGUUAAAGAUGCUGUGAAAUGCCUUUUCUAAAAGAUAGGAAGGUAUUGUUUACAAAAAAUGCAUCCAAAAACAAUAUAUUAAAUCAUGUAUGAGUGUUGGGAAAAUGGUAACUACUACUCAGCAUGUCCAGAUCAGGUCAGAAAUCUUUUUGAUUUACAGUUUCAUCUUUGCAAAUCCAUUCACUAUGGCCACAGACCAUCCGAUCCCUGCAUCCAAGCAGCAGCAGCCAGGUACCAGUGCUUUUAAGCUGGUCAUCUAUGAGCAGGAAAACUUCCAGGGACGCUGCCAUGAGCUGACUGGUCCCUGUAACAACCUCCAGGAAGCAGGCGUGGAGAAAGUGGGCUCCAUACUGGUGCUGUGUGGGCCAUGGGUGGGAUAUGAGCAGACCAGCUGUAAGGGGGAGCAGUAUGUGUUUGAGAAGGGGGAGUAUCCUCGCUGGGAUUCCUGGACCAACAGCAGGCGUAGUGACACCAUUCUUGCAUUCCGCCCCAUUAAAGUGGACAGCCAGGAGCACAAGAUUGUCCUUUACGAAAACCCCGGCUUUGCAGGAAAGAAGAUAGAAAUCAUCGAUGAUGAUGUCCCCAGCUUCCAUGCUCAUGGCUACCAGGAGAAGGUCUCCUCUGUUCGGGUGCAGAGCGGCACCUGGGUAGGCUAUCAGUACCCAGGAUACAGAGGCUACCAGUACCUGUUUGAGAAGGGGGAGUACAAGGACAGCACCGAGUUUGGAGCCCAGAUUCCUCAGAUCCAGUCUGUGCGGCGCAUCAGAGACAUGCAGUGGCAUCAGAGAGGGGCUUUUCACCCAGUAAACUAAGCCUGUGACUGAUUUGGGUCAUGAAUCCUAACCUCAGCGACCUUGACCUCUUCCACCUGCUUUCCCUUGCCUUUCAAUUACAUUAUCCAGCAUUUUGAUAUCUAUUGCAGCUGUUGCAGUAGUGAAAUUCUGUUCUAAACUGUCAAGCAUACUAAUAAAUUUUUGUUGCCCAAAGACUUUGUGCAUUUU